AUGCAUGUCCCACCAACAGUGAAACUUGACACCAGAGACCAUCUCCCCCAGAACUCAGAUACACAGGAAACCAUCAACCCCGCUAGGAUUCGCCGACGGGCUUCGCAAGGAUCCCUCCGAACCAGACCGUCCCCGGUAUCCCGCUUUCUCUCCAAGAGCAGCGUUGCCGUGAACUUCCCAUCGUGGGAUCAACGUGCCUCGCCCGGUUCGCCUGGUUCGCCUGGUUCGCCCUACCGUAUAGAGUCUCGGACUCGGUCGGUCGAUUCUCGUCUUCGUCUUUCAACCACUGUGUCUCGCGGGCCGAGGCCUUUGGCUGCUUCCCCGUCUUGGAACUCUCAUUAUCAGUCCGAAUACCCCGCCACAUUACCCCCCACGCCGCCAGAGGAGGACAUCCACGUUGCGUGGAACCCAAAGUCCGAGAUGAUGUUGUUCGACACACACUCCCACCCGGGAUCCAUGGCUAUGAUGGAUGACACUCCGAGUGUGGAAAAUUCCUCUGCGACCGGUGCUUCGGAUACACUCAGCAGCCCAUCCGAUGGGCUUUCUCAUAGGUCCUCCAGCUCUGGAGGCAGCCCUGGGCCCCACGAUGACAUGGAUUGCCAGCAGGACAUUGGCUCAUGGCUGGAUCAUGGAAUCGACUUGACUGCUUCAUCACUUGCCCUCUGCAAGACACGAAGCGAGGCCGUCAAAAUCGUUUCCCAGACCCUCCCAUAUCCCAGAACAUCCGAUCAGGCGGCAUCCGUACCAAAAACAGACAGUGUUUUUUCCUCCAUCGUGCAGGCCGUCCACAACCACUUGCAACCUGGCCAGUCACCCUAUAUCAAUGUCACCCACGCAGUACCGGAGCAAUUCAGCCUCUCGAAUUUGCCUCACUCUCCUCCCAGCACUCCUCGUUCUCCGACUGCUGCCGAGGAUUACUUUAACGCGACGGUUUUUUCCAGUGCAGCAGUUGUAGGUGCUUACCAUGACUACCGUGGACCUCUCCAACGGCAAAUGUCCCACGCCCCGAUGCCUAUUGUCCCUCCUCGCAGCGUCCACAUCUCGGUGCUCGAGCGCUAUCUCCCCCCAACCUCCGCUCAAGAGUACCGUGAUCUGUUUUGCCGUACUCGUCCAUCUUUCCUCGUUGAUCGUAUGAGCGAGCUAUCGCCUAAUGGCGGCUCUCUCCUCUUUGUAUACCCGACCAAGAAAGGUGCAUCCACCUUCAAGUCCCAGUACCUGGGCCCCAUCCUCGACCCACUUCUCCGACAACUCGUUGUGGUGAAUGAGUUGUCCGCAGACGUGGGCCGCUACCUCGGCAAGCUCUCCUCCGUCUCCCAAAUGGACGACUUCGCCACCAUGAAGGCGAACAUCGUGGCACUCUGCGAAUCCUUGAGCGACAACGAUUCCUCCUCCCGAUUCCACGUGGCCGAUGCAGGCCGCGGAGACACCCACCUCGACCGCAGCCUCUGGGCCGAAUGGUUCAUCCACCAGGAGAAAGCCCGCAUGAAGGAAGUCCUCAGUCUGUACUGGCAAAACGGCCGUCGCUCAUCUAAGAGCGCAAGCUCCGGAGGCUCCGGCAUGAUGGGCAACAAGGAAGUCACAUCUUCCGGUCUCCUGAGUGAAAUCUGCGAUGGCAUCCGCAAGCGGCGCUAUUGCGAAGACAAUGAGCCUCGCGAUGGUAUCGAGCUUGGUGUCUUUGUGAUUCGUCGAACGAAUUAG